UAUCCAUAGAUCAAGUAUCCACUGGACCCUUUCACUAAUCAAAGCCUACAACCAAGGACAUUCAACUCCAACCGAGCACUCGAGGGCAGAAUAUCUCUAUCGCUGCUUGAAUCAUGCCUUGAGCCCGGAUCGCGACCAGAUUGUCAAGUCCUAACGACCGGGCCGGUCGGGAUUGCGCACUGCUUCUGUUGAUUAUUUAAUGGCAGCCGUAAGGUGACACAAGCGGAGGUACAAUAUGUGUACCUCGUCCGGAGCGGGAAAGUGCAACGAUGAUGACCUCUGGCAUCAUCAGGCCUUGGCGUGUUUUCGCUCUUGUGAGACAUUUGACCGCCAGACUACGGCCACAGGACGAAUCCUCUUCAGGCAUCGUCGGGCCCCUUUAUUUUGUGGUCUUCUCUGUAUGACCAGAGCAAGCUUAGUGUUGAUUGAUUGACUGCGGGCGAACUACUAUCUCGCCAUUGCAUCGAGAGACAAAACAUGGCGUCGUGGGUCGGUAUGCGGGCAACGGCGACGCCGUCGCAGGUGGACGCUGUCGCGCGUGCAAUCCGGAGCACGCCCAUCAUCGACAACCAUGCCCACCCGCUCUUGAAGCCCGAUGCUCUGUGCAAACACCCGCUGCUGGCCAUCACCACUGAAGCAACCGGCGACGCCAUCCACUCGGCCACCACGUCUCUACCCCAUCUCCGCGCCGUCCGCCAGCUCGCUGCACGCUUGAAUUGCGGAUUCACCUGGGAGUCUGUUGUAGCUGCGAUUGAGGAGAAACGACUCGGGUCGCUCGAUGAUUGGACGGCUGAGUGCCUCUCGGGCAUCGAGACUAUCCUGGUGGACGACGGCUUGGACGACGAAGAGGAUGUUCAUCCGUUCUCUUGGCACAGUGACUACACGCGCAGCGAGUGCAAACGCAUUGUGCGCAUCGAAAAGGUGGCCGCCGACAUCAUCCGCGAGCUCGGUAGCACAUGCGACACGUCUACCAGGGACGAAGCCGCGCUCGUAAACUUAUUCGGUGACUUUAUCCGGGAGUUUGACAAUCGCAUAGUGGCGGCUAUGAACGACUCGGACGUGGUCGGCUUCAAGUCGGUCAUCUGCUACCGGACAGGUCUCGAUAUCGCCCGGACCCACGAGGGGAGUGCAAUCCAGGGCGCAUUCGUCAAGAUCAUGCGUGACUUUGCUCUCGCAGGGUUUCAAAGGCUGCAGGAGAAGAGCCUCAAUGACUUUGUGGUGCUCCGUGCCGCUCUUCUGAUCACCAGGCAGAGACCAGCAAAGCCGAUUCAAUUCCACACCGGCCUGGGCGACAACGACCUCUCUCUCGCAAAGGCUUCCCCGUCUCAUCUACAGGAGUUCAUCCGCGCCUGCCCGACGCUCCCUAUCGUGCUCCUCCAUUCUGGAUACCCUUUUACUCGCGAAGCCGGAUACUUGGCGUCUGUCUACGAGAAUGUCUAUCUCGACAUUGGUGAAGUCUUCCCCUGCGUCAGCCAAGAUGGACAAGAACGGAUCCUGCGCGAAGUGCUCGAGCUGUGUCCCUGGUCCAAGAUUCUGUGGAGUACCGACGGCCACUGGUUUGCCGAGACAUACCUCCUUGCCAUAAUGCAAAUGCGUGAAGUAUUUGAGACGGUACUAUGCGACUACGUCCGCAAGGGCCACAUAGGCUGGAGGGCUGCCAUUGAUCUAGUACGAGAUGUGCUCUUCAAGAACUCCAACAAGUUGUAUCGGUUGGGCCUCGAGUUCUCAGAGCUGGAAGGAGACGCGUCGGUCCCUCUAGGCUCAUACUUGAGUGAUACCGAGAUCCUUCACGCGUUUUUGAAGAAUCAGUCUACCCCCGAUUUUGUCAGGAUUUGCUGGAACGACUUCACCGCCUCGCACAGGAUGCGCAUGAUACCCUUCCGCAAGUUUAUGUCUCUCUUGAACGAGGGUAAACCAACAGAUAUCAGCAUCACCCGUGCAGUCUUUGGCCUUAUCCAAAACGACCACCUCAUACCCAGCACCGCUCCGGUAGGCGAAUAUCGUAUACACCCAGACUUCUCCUCGCUCAAGAAAGGUCCCAUUGAUGGCCACAUCAGCAUGCAGGGCGAGUUUCGCGAGCCCUCCGGCGCGCCUGUCGCUCUCUGCCCGCGCACCACUCUUCAACGGGCCGUGGAACUCGGCGCCGCCAACGGACUCUCAUUCCUCCUCGGCUUUGAGAUCGAGUUUCUCCUCCUCGAGCGCGUCGAGAGAAAGCCAGGGGCGGUUGCGAACCGUUACACGACCCUCACCACCGACGGCCACGCCUGGUCUGUCAGCCGCUACUUUGCCGAUCCCAAAGUGGCCACGCUCCUCCGCGACAUGGUGGCGACCCUCGAGGACAUGGGCAUCUUCGUCGACCAGGUUCAUGCCGAGUCCGCCACGGGCCAGUUCGAGCUCGUCCUCCCCCCUUACCCGCCCGUCGAAGCCGUCGAUACCCUCCUCCACACCCGCGACGUCAUGUCGGCACUUGCUACAGCCGCGGGCUUCAGGCUCACCCUGCACCCGAAACCAUUUGCGCACGCCUGCGGCACCGCUUCGCACAUGCACAUGUCUAUCACCAACUCUGCCUCGUCCGACAACGAACCCAUCAACAAGCCAGACGUGUACCUGCCCUUCUAUGCGGGCAUCCUCAAGCACCUCCGCGCCAUCGUCGCCUUCACCUACAGCAACCCGGCCAGCUUCGACCGCAUGUCGGACGGCACCUGGUCGGGCGGACGGUGGGUGACGUGGGGCACGCAGAACAAGGAGACGGCGCUGCGGAAGAUUGAGGGCUCUCACUGGGAGCUGAAAUGCAUGGACGGGUUAGCAAACCCUUUCUUUGCCGCUGCCGCUGUCCUUUUCGCGGGGAUACGCGGGGUGUUGGAGGGCCAGGAGAUGACGUGGGGCGACUGUGAGAUGGACCCGUCCAAGCUGACGGCCAACGACCGCAAGGAGCUCGGCGUCACGCAGAUGCUCCCCGCCAGCGUUGAGGAGGCGCUGGCGGCGCUCAAGGAGGACACGCAGCUCGUUGCCGAUAUGGGCCCCGAGUUGGUCGAGCGCUACGUGGCCAUCAAGGAGUACGAGCUGGGCUUUUUGGGGCAGAUGGGGGAGGAGGAGCGGAAGGAGUGGUUGAUGGAGCGGUACUGAGCAUGCUUCUGACUGCUCAUUUCCCUGGGAUCCGAAGAGAACCGAGACGAGAUCGGAGAAGGAGCGGAAAUUUGACAGUGAAUUUUGGUUUCAAGCAACGCCUCUAAUGGUAAUGAUGACUGUGAGAUGGAAAUAACCUAGAAAUACAACCCAAAAACAAAACCUGUAUACAACCCCAAUCCAUCAACCGAGGC